AUGCGCGGAAGAACAGAGAAUUCGUCAGCGACGGCGCUGCACGGAGCAGGACGCGAGCGAGGAGGAGGAGGGGACGGAGACCGUCAGCUACGAGGUGUCCUCGGACGAGGACGACGCGGCGCGGCGAGGGACCGCAUAAUCUUCCGCCGGUUGAGCAGGGCAACGGCAGGGCUCGGGCGGAUCUGCCUAGGGCAGAUAUCACCGUCGGGCAAGCCCAAGGAGUGGGCCCGCAUCUUGGAAGCGGACGGUCACGUGGACGUGGCCCGCGCCGUACGAGGCAGCGGAGGAGGCCCGGAUGUGGGAGGCGGUCGAGGCCAUCGAUUGGCAGCGCCCACCGCCGAUGCACCCGCUCGAUCCAAGUCUGCGAAACGCCUCGCGGAGACGGCCGGUCGCGAGAAGCAGAAGGCGACGUACGAGGAGGAGCGCGAGGCCCAGGAGCCCACGGAGGUUCUGGAGAAGGGGCCGUGGCAGUGGCCAACACCGCCGGGGACGUCGCGGCACGAGGCGCCACCCCCGAAACUCGCGCGGCAGACCUCGUGCCCGGAACCGCGUGCCCCACCGGCGAGGCCGACGCACGCGAGCUGGAGAAGGGAAAUAACGGGACCAUCACAGGCUAUAAAAAGACGGCGCAAGCGCAGCACACCCCGAAGUAAUAGUGCGAGAAUCAAAGCGAGUGCGUGUACGCGAGACCAGUAGCAAGUUAAUCAAGUGCCGAGUACCAGGAUCAAGGAGUCCUUGCGUGGA